CUCUCUGCCGCUCUUUCUCUCCCCGACCGUGGUAUACAACCAUGUCACACAGAAAGGCAUGGUAACCGUGAAUCUGCACCGUAGUGGUAACUUUUGUACCGGUUCGCGUAUGAACCUACCUUACCUAUAGUACCUACCUACUGCUGCCCCUCCGAUCAGGAAAGAGCGACUCUGCACCUGCAUCUUUGUUUACAUCUCCCUUUUGCGCCAUCACUCCCCCCCCUUCAACCCACCUCGAUAGCUUUUCGCUCAACUACGCUCUCUAUCUCGCCAUUUGACUUUCCAACCUUUACCCACCAACCUACCUAUCUAGAAAGCCACACGUACUUGUUCCCAUGAUAGCUUCUCGCCCCACUUAUGGCGCUCAUUGAGAGCAAUCGAUCCCUGGAUCUCGCCACGACUCAACUCCUUUGAAUAUACCCUCUUAUGAUCACAUGCGCCAGCGCGAUCCGCCACCUACAGCAUGGUUGUCCUAACUCGUCCGCCGGGCGCACUGUCGCCCGACACGCUGACAGCGUACUAUACCACUGAACCUUUGCUCUCCAAUUCUCCUGUCCUGGUUCUCUAUGGGCCUGCUACCUCGGCCAAUGCCACCCUCAACACGUCGCACAUUCAGGCCCAUGUCUUCACCGCCGCCGGCUUGCGUUCCUAUCCGCGUUUGACUGUGUCUCCCAAUUCCCCUCUCUACGCGUCCGUACAUCACCUUCCUCGCGAUCAACAGGGAGAUGAAGUCUGCCGAGGGUUGGCGGUGAGCUUGGCAAGAUACUUUAGGGAUACCCCGCAGCCCGUCAAACACGCCUGGCUGAGCUCCUUGUCAUCGGGGAAUGAGAGCAUCGGUCGUACCCUGUUCCGCGAAGCCCAUAUUGGUGAAUUAGCAAGUCGGCUAGAGAAGGUCGAGGACACUUUGACGGUGAUUGAGGAAGUGCAGGCGGCUCUGGCAGAGCAAUUCUUAUCAUGGAUCGACGUCGACCUGGUUCUUCCCGCCGGUUCGAUUGCAGAGCGCGCCUCAACAGCCGAAGAGGCCCAGGAUGUUGAUCUCCCUGGGGAUGAAAACAAUACGCAGGAGCGAUAUGGCCAAUGCGGCCCCCUGGUGAGCUUAUUCGGCUCUCCUGCUUUUCUUCCCACCUCCAAAAUGCGCCGGGCGCCUUCGAAACCGACAGCAAUUGGACGGAGCAAGUCUCUUCUGAAGAAUCAAAAAGAAGCCCUGCGGAGAGAAAUGUGUGAGUUGGUCGACACGGAGGAAAGAUAUGUCAGCAAAGUGUAUGAUCUCUUGGUAAACGUUGCCGAUGACUUUCGUCAGAAAGCUCGCAACAAAUCGGCAGUUAGCACGAGCCCGAACGAGAAAGCCUUGGCAGACCUCUUUCCUCCAAGCUUAGACGAAAUCUUUGAACUCAAUAAUGGCUUCCUUGAGGCAAUCCGCAUCAGUUUGGAUGAAACUGCCGUCGGCGCUGUUGAGGAUAUGCAAACCGAUACCACCGAGACUCCGGCCUCUGAAGCGGCAAGGCACUCGCGUGAUCACGACCCGACGGGCACUCUGGCAUUCUCCAAAUUGUUGCUAGAAUGGUUCCCCAAGUUCCGCGCAUGCUAUUCGGAUUAUAUGCGUGCCAGCACCAAGUUUCCAGUCAUCCUCAGCGGCUUUACAAAAGACGUUGGAUCGAGUUUUUCGAAACGAGUACAGCAAACGGGCGAACAACGUCUCAGAUCGCUGCUGAUUGAACCCGUACAGCGUCUUCCACGUUAUAGUCUGUUCAUUGAUAACAUGACCACGCUCUUGCCUGCAACACACCCGGCUCUGAAACGUCUGCUAAAGGCACGUGACAUUAUAACGGACAUUUGUUCAUUGGAAUCUUCGUCGACGGAUGAGCAGUCGCAGGUUGUCUCACGCUUACGAAAUCUAAUCUCUUCAUGGCCCCCUUCGCUGCAGCCACGCGGGCGGCUCAUCACCGCAGCUGAUUAUACCGAGAUUCCGGCUCCUUUCCGUUAUGAUGUGGCUGCUGAUGACCAAGAAGCAGGCUUGUUUCUCCUCUUCUCGAGCUGUUUAGUGUUGGUACGCAAGGCAAACGAAAGCGCCAUCUCAGCACGUGGCGUCUUGGCUGAAGCCGACAGACCGACGACGGUGACGAUAGCUGCAUCUGUUGCUGCGGCAAUCGACGAGAAGCGAUCGUCUCCGGAUCUAGUCUUUGCCGGUUCCAUUGGACUUGACGCCUUGCGUUUUACUGAGACUUCUGACGGCCGCUGCGUGUGGAUGAGAUGCGCUCCGCUCUCUAUGGAAUCGAGCGCUCUGAAAUGGAACCAUUUGCCCAGGGGUACCGCAGACGUACGGCUCUUCCGGCUCUCUGGCUCUUACGAAGACAGGGUUGCUCGCUGGUCGGAAGAUUUCGUUAAAGCUCGGAUCGAAGGUCGUUUCACCGAAGCUGAACGUGAAAACAGGAAAUGGGGCUUCCGGUCUCUCAAGGAUCCGGCAGCUGGUCUCUCCAUGUGUACGGCGGUCUUUGAGCAGAGGAGCACUCGAACAAAAGCCAAUUUGUCUUUGCCUGCAAGCAUCACAUUGAUUGUGAACAACCCACGAGAAGCCGAAACUGCUAGAUCCGGUAUGAAUCACUCGGAAAUUGUUGCAUCGGUAAUGAUCAGAGAAGACGGUCUUUGUGAUCUAGAGAUCACUGGUGCCGAUGACAGUUAUUCAUUUGAGACAGUGAGCCCAGAUGGCUUCAUGCCGGCCUUUACUCGAAGGGUCGAAAACUUCCUCCUGGAAGCCAACACGAUUGGCAACCCUUCGCUCACGCCAUUCCUCCUUUCUUUCCACAAUCGAAUUUUAGACAACUUGACUAUAAUCUUCGAGGGAGAUCAAUAUCGCCCACGCUUGUUCCGGCCUACUUCGCCGGUGAAGAUGCUAUCCAAUUUCCUUGGAGGGGGUUCUGUAAGGGAGAAUCUCAGCACAUCUCGGGCUGGCUUGCCCAGCUCCUUGAUGAUGACAUCGACAACAAAAUUACCCCCUCCGCGACCGCCGUCACGGGUGAACAGUCACAGAAAGGCAUACAGCGAGGAUACUGGCACAAAGAUUACGAUGGUUCAGACCAGCAACGCUGAGGAGUCGACAGACCCAGUUCAGAACUUGGAAGAUACCCUAGCAACUUAUGUUCUUGCACUGCAUUGCCGCAAAGGUAACGUGGUUGGAAAGGUUUUGCGGAAUCGUGCUGCCGCAGAUGAGCUUGAGGUGAAUGAAAUUUAUAAUUCCCUAUUAGAGGAUCCCACACGACAUCAACAAGCCGCAGAAGUCUCAGUCGAUGUCUUGUUCUCCGCGUUUGAAAAGUUUCUUACUGUUGCAUGGAAAGAGCGUUUCGGUGCAGUAAUGGAACGCUCCACAUGGAGCUCACUCCAAGACAAGUCAGAAACGUUGCUACCCAAAGACUUUGCGGCCUAUUUCAAGGAGAAGCUCAGUGAACUGGCACCACAAAAUCAGAGGGCGUUCAAACUCAUUAUUCGAUUGUUUGCCGAUUUACUUGAUGGUGCCGGGAAUGACGGUGAUUGCGGCGCCUUGACGGCGACAUUUGCAGAGGUGUUAGUCCCAGAUGGGAACGCUUACGAAUAUAUUACACUUCUUGACCGUCUUGGAGAGGAUGUAGAGAUCCUCUAUAGUGAUAAUAUCUCAAGUGCGGACAAGGAUGGUUCCAUUAGCGGGUCCAUGGAUUCUGCAAGACGGAUGAAAUCGGGACAGAUUGGAUCUGUUGGAUCCGACACAUCUCUCCGCAAGAGAUUUGGCUUUGGAACCUUGACCCGGGAAAGAAGCAAGUCGGAAGCGGAACCCAAGGGUAAUUCGGUUUGGCGGAACCUGGGUAAGACAUCGCGGGGAGCUGCAGCAGGCAGCGUACCCAGCAGUCCCAGCCCUACUAAGAAUCCUUUGUCCCGGUCGAAAUCAAGCGACCUUGAUGGUCGCAUGACCAUUUCUGGCCGACCAUCUUCUCGAGAUCGCCCGAAUCUGUUUUCUGCAUUCAGUUUUGAUGGUCGACCAGGGAGCUCAAGUACCAAUGCAUCCUUGGAGAUGAUUGGAGAGGGAGUCGCCGCCGACCAUCAAUCACCAAAAUACAGGAGGAAGCGUCGUAGCUCCCUGUCGGACCUAAGAUCGCUCCACGGUUCCGACACUUCACCCGUAUGGUCUGAAUCAAAAGAGACAACUCCUUUGAAACGAUCGACAGAUUCUAUCCGGAAUCGACCUCUGUCCCAUACCGGCGCCUUGGACUUUCGAUUCGAUAUGCCCAAAGAACUCGUAGCGCAAGAUCGAAAGGAGAAUACUUCGGCUCUACCCGGCCUUCCUCCUCAAGAUCAGACAGUAGGCCGAGGCCGAGGAUAUUCUUCCCCAGUGAAGACGACCCUGACUGAAAGAGCUCAUAACAUUGGCUCCGAGGACGCAACCGCCUCGCCGUCUCCUCGGGGAUUGAGAAAGCGCCAUGACACGAUAUCAGGGAUUCCCACAUUGAAAGGAACAUAUCGAGAUCGAGCGAAUACGCGAACGAGUAUUGUCGCCCAAACAAUGACACCGAAGAAGUUGCCUACUUCUCCACAGCAACGACCUUCUUCCUCCCCACAGAAGGUGCCUGCUUCGCCAUCAAGGCCGCCCUUGCCGCACCAAAAGUCCUCUUCCUCGUCUCCCCAGAAACUGCGGAUGCAAAGCCCGCAAAAGCUCCGUGAACGUCUACAAAGCGAACAAAAAGCCAUCCAGGGCGCCGAAGAGUCGCUCCAGGCGGAACUCUCCAAGAUUGGCGCGGAAAUGUCUGCAUUAACGUCGCGCUCUCCGCAGAGCACAUCUACACCUCGUUCGCUCUUUAACCUUGAGCUCACUCAUCUCAGCAGCCAAAUCACUGCGCUUGAGUUAAAGCUUGCAGAAACAUUGACGGGCCUCAAAAACUCAAACGAAGCAACCAGACAAGACGUGGACACAUCAAUGACCAUUUCAGAGAAAAAAGCAAAGAAGCUGGACGAGCUAUACCGCGAAGCCAACGCUGAGAACGAGGCCCUCUAUGACAAGUUCAACGAGGAAUUAGUCAAAGUGCUCAAGAGCGUCCGCGGCGGCGAAGGCGAGGAAGAAAUGAGAAGACAGCUGAAAGAGGCUCAGGAGGAAAGGACGAGGGCAGUAAGAGAAAACAUGAGACUGAAGCGGGAAAAUGCAGGCUUGCGUGCACAGUUACGAGGGGAAUAAUUUUCAUUGCAUUUGGACAUGACAGUUGGC